AUGAGAAAGUUGGGGGAGGAGGAGGAAGAGGCAGCUGCGGUUGUAGGUCAAGGUGCUGCUGCAGGCGGUGAAGCAACUGCUGGAGCUGGAGGAGGAGGUGCCAGAGCUGCUGCUGGUGCUGCUGUUGCUGCGGUUGUUGCUGCUGCUGCUGCUGCUGCUGCUGCUGCUGCUGCUGCUGCUGCUGCUGCUGCUGCUGCUGCUGCUGCUGCUGCUGCUGCUGCUGCUGCUGCUGCUGCUGCUGCUGCUGCUGCUGCUGCUGCUGCUGCUGCUGCUGCUGCUGCUGCUGCUGUUGCUGCUGCUGCUGCUGCUGCGGAGGAGGAGGAGGAGGAGGAGGAGGAGGAGGAGGAGGAGGAGGAGGAGGAGGAGGAGGAGGAGGAGGAGGAGGAGGAGGAGGUAGAGAGAAGGGUUGACUCGGGGCAUGGUGGGCUUGGGUGGAGAGUUUACACUGAAGUCCCCGAGUCGGGCCAUAGCGAGGCACAUAUUCACGAGGAGAGAAGGCUGCUGCUGCGCCGCAGCCUGCGCUCAAACCCCUGA